UCUUUAAAUUCCAAGUUUAAAAUGUAGUCAUUAUCUCGUCAGUCCUUCUCUUGGCUCAGCAUCGGACAGUACACCAUGUGGACCUCCUUAUUAUUUUUGUCUCUGGCCUUUACUCAAAUCUAUGGCCAAGGAUUUCAAUUAUUUUUUGGAACAACACAAUCUGCAACAAAAACUGAAUGCAAAGACAAAUUACCAAAUUGUUUUGCAUUUAAAAAAGAGUCUUGUCUAGCACCAUAUGAAAAAUGGGCUCAAGAUUACUGUCCAAACUAUUGUGGAUUCUGCGUAGGUCCACCAACCCCAGCACCUGCCUGUGAAGACACCAAAACGGACUGCCAAUCUUACCAAAAAAGUGUGUGCACUGACGACGCAUACAGACAAUGGUCCUAUGAUAAUUGUCGGUACUACUGCCGACUAUGUACACCGGCCCAGCUUGCAAUGAAAGACAGUCAAGUAACAACUUUACCGCCAGCAUUAUGCGUUGAUAAACUUGAUGACUGUAAACUGUAUGGUAAAUCCUCUUGUACUGGAGAAUACAGCAGCUGGGCUAAGGAGAACUGUAGACGUUAUUGUGGAUUCUGCGUCGGUCUUCCUACACCUGCACCACCAUGUAGAGAUGUUAUACCUAAUUGUAAUCGGUACCAAAAAGAUACAUGUACAAGCAUGAAGUACAAAGGAUGGGCGGAGGAAAACUGUAAUAAAUAUUGUGGUUUCUGCUCUGACGGAAGUAGUAGUGGUAAUCAGCCAUCUGUAACUUCUGCUCCAACAUUUGCACCACCUUUUCCACAAGGUUCAGGAACAAUGGCUCCUCCUUUCCCUGGUGGAAAACGAAACCUUGGAGCUGGAUCCAGUGCAUCGGAAGGAAAUAAUGUAUUCUUUGGAACAGACAAACCUAAAGCCACUCCAAAACCUACACAACCACCAACUACUACAACUGAAGCCCCAACAACAACAACGACCCCUCAACCAACUACCACUACUCCUCAACCAACAACUACUACAGAGGCUCCAACAACACCCGAACCAAAACCUAAAGACAAUGCUCUAUCAAUAGGAUCAAGUGCUGGAGGACAAAAACAACCAAAUGUUAUUGAUUUUGGAAACAAUAGCGAACUGACCACAACAGCAACAACCCCACCACCUGAUAACCAAAGUACUGAAGCUCCAACACAGGAACCAGUAAAAACGCAACCCCCAACAAAGGCACCAGUAAAAACGCAACCAACAACACAGGCACCAGUAAAAACGCAACCUCCAACUCAAGCACCAGUAAAAACUGAACCUCCAACUCAACCACCAACAAAGGCACCAGUAAAAACGCAACCACCUACACAGGCACCAGUAACGACACAACCCUCAACACAGGCACCAGUAAAAACACAACCUCCAACUCAACCACCAACAAAAGAAAUCCCAACUCAACCUCCAACAAAGGCUCCAGUCAAAACACAACCCCCAACCAAGGCUCCAGUAAAAACACCACCUCCUACAAAGGCUCCAGUUAAAACACCACCCCCUACAAAGGCUCCAGUGACAACUCAAGCAACACCAGCAACUACACAAGCACCAACAGCUGCAGCAAUAAAUGCCACCGGAAACAAUACUGAUAGUGGUACAGGAUCUCAACCAAAUAAUAGUAAACCACCAAUGGUUGGAACCACUGCAACUCCAGUCGUCACAACUUCCGGAAGUGGAAGCGUUUCAACAACAGGAACUGGAGCUGCUGCGGGAUCAAAUAAUGGUACAAAGAACGGAACAUCUGCCGGAACAGGGUCUGGUCCAGAUUCAGGAACUACUAUGAAAGUACCACCAACUCCAUUAGCUUCAUCAACAAUGAAAGGACCCACCAAACCUCAAACAACACAAGCACCUGCUCCAACAAACCCUACGUCAUCCAUAGCUCCGGUCACAUCAGCCCCUGUUAAGACAAAUCCUCCUAAAACAAACCCUCCAGCUCCAACCAAACCAAACACAACACCAAUGCCAGGUACAUUAACACCACCUACAAACACAGUGACCUACCCAAACAUCAACGUAACAGACAAGUACAGCAAUACAGAUGCUAACAAAACAGAUACAGAAUGCAAAGAUUUGAUAAAUUGCCGAGUAUAUCCUCCAGAAAAGAUUUGUGUCAAUGAUAGCAUGUACAAGCCAUGGGCUAGUGUAAGAUGCAGGGCAUACUGUGGAUACUGUAUUCCUGGAAGUGACAAUAUAACCUGCGACCACAACGGACAAUUGAUCCGACAUCCUAAAGACUGUCAUAAGUUUUAUGAAUGUGCUUAUUCUAUACCAAGGGAAUUGACAUGCCCUGCUAAUCUAGCGUGGAAUGACGUCAUACAAACCUGUGAUUUCAAAGGCAAUGUUCCAUUUUGUAAGCAAGUGGAAUCAAAUAACGACCCUUCAGUUAAUACGAUCAAAGAUUUAACAGGUAUGAGAAAGGGGCUAUGCUCACUGCAAUAACGCCUAACAAUUAUA